AUGGGGCUUUUUUCAGAGACCUGCUGCGCGGUGGAUCCAGGUCCCGGUGCCCAGUUCUAUCCGCAUCCACCGGAUCUGCCGCGCUAUUCCCCGGAGUUGGAAUCCAACACAGCAGCGCGGCAGAGCGCGGCAUCGGCAGCCGGGCGGGUGGAGAUCUCCAAAAAAAAACAGCGGGCCUGGAAGGUAUUGGUCCACUACUCCCAGCGACGCUAUCGAAAGGUUGAUCUGGAGCGUUCGCCUGUUCCACCAAGCAAGUACCGUCUGGGUGGUGGCACCGGAUGGUGCGAGAACCAUGACGCGGUUGGUGGUGUCAAGUGGGUCCAUGAGGUGGCCGGGGAGAGGAAAACCUGGGGUUCUGAGUGGGAAUUUGGCCUGACUUUCACGACACUGGCCACUGCCAACCACGCGAACGGCCUGGUAGUGCAUCAUUGGCCAGGAGAAUCCGGCGACCCGGCACUGCCAAAUGGUGAUGAAGGAAACGCACCACAACUCGUUUCACAUCGGGACAACGAACACAAGAUUGUUGUCCGGGCGGGUUCCGCAAAUUCGGACAGCUAG